GAAAUUAAUUAUAGGAAUAUUUUUUACCCUGUUACGCUUGUUUACAGAAUAACAGGAGUGGAGUCAUUAGAGGAGUCAUUAGAAUGCGAGCUAGCAUGAGUCUUCAUUUCAUUUUCCUGUGGUCUUGGCUAUUCCUUUUUUGCUCUGUGAGAUGUGCAGUGGAUCUUACUACACAGGAAGGGACCAGUGGUUCUGCGAUAGUCGAGGCAAGUAUCGCUAAAAUAUCUCUAGCAUCCAUUUUUACUGACAACGACCAGCAUAUGCUAAGACGUAUUGCCUAUGCAGAAACAAGAGAUGGAGAGGAUUCUGACACGUAUUCAUCCAAUAGAGGGAUUUGGGGAGUUGGAGAGUCAAAAUACUCGGCCACAAAAAAUAGAUUCAAUCCUCAACUUCUACAAAAGUUAAAUAAGAUUAGAGAAACUUUUAAAAUUGACUGGUUGAACACAAAAUGGACUGACCUGAGGAAGCCAUUUUAUUCAGCUCUUGCUGCUCGACUCUAUAUGUAUGUCAUUACUCAUUCAAUUCCAUUAGCGUCGGACAUUAAUGGUCAGGGAACAUACUGGGCUAACUACUUCACAAGCUCUAAUGGUACACAAUCAGAUUAUGUGGCUUCUGUCAAUCGAUUAUUAACUUUGCAAAAUUGCAGUCUAAACGCACUUGAUUUAUAUUUUGUCAUGGAUGCAUCUGGCAGUGUUGGACCAGAUAACUUUGAUCUAAUGAAAGGCUUUGUCUAUGAAAUUACUGAUAGUUUUAAUGUUGGCAGUGAUAGUGUUCGUGUUGGUGUAAUGUCAUACGCAUCAUCCAAUUACUACCAUUUUCAUCUCAACACUUACUCAACAAAAUUAUCUGUACUCAUUGCUAUUAAUAAUUUACCUUACAGUGGUGGGGGCACAUACACAGGACAAGCUUUGGAUGGAAUGAGGACAGUAGGCUUCUCUACAUCAAACGGUGCACGUCCCAGUAGUCAAGGAGUACCACGGGUGGGGAUUGUUAUAACUGGUAGGCAUUCAAACAGUUAUUCAGCCACUAUAACAGCAGCUAAUAAUGUGCACAAUGCUGGCAUCAUUGUUUUUGCUGUUGGCAUUGCUGGAGCAAAUCAAAAUGAGCUCAACGCUAUUGCAUCUCAGCCGUCUUAUGUGUCCUUCCUUUCCUCCUUCAGUUUGACACUACUGAACUCACUUCAGUUUACUCUUAGCCAAGAGUCUUGUGUUGCAUCACCUAAAAUUGAAUUAAAUAGUACUGUUACUGAUAAUAUUGGAUCAGGGCAAACAAAGUACCUUAAUUACCCACUCCCUAAUAAUACUCAAGGCAUUACUGUUGUCCUCAAUGUGACUAAUGGCUCUGUUACAUUGUAUGCAUCAACAGUUGUCUCAACACCAAAUGAAACAUUUCAUGAGUUUAAGCUUGUAACUAAUACAUAUGAAGAUGUAUUUAUUAAUCGUUCGAGCCUAAAUAAUUCUGGAACUGCUGAUACUGUUUUUAUUGCAGUUGAGGGUAAUGGUAUAUCAAACCAAAUGCAAAUCAGUGCAACCCAAGGAGAUACUUCAACUGAACCUGUAGCAAUAGAUGUGUUUCUGAAUCCUAAUAUUUUUAAGAGCUAUGGAGCAACCAUUACUGUUGAGUGCAUUGCCCAUGGAAAACCACAACCUGAUCUGAAUUG